AUGACUUUCCUUCUGCGUCUGUACCACCAUACAACUGGAGAGGACAUUUUCAAGAUUGUGAACAAUUACAUAUCCCGUGGAGGUCUGUGUCGGCUUCACAAUGUCACCGCUCGCGAGUUCCCUCACACUGGUAUCCUAAGACGAGUAAGGCUGGACCCACUACCAGAGAUCCUGCAACUCCACUUUGGCCACACACCAUACCUGACGACGACUGCAACAGCCCACGCCGCGUGCUAUCAACAUCUGUGUCGGUGUGAAGCUGGCUACUUCUACACAACACCUUACGAUAUUUGCUCUGGCACUUGCAGCACAGACGAGUUGCAGGACAGCUUUACAGAGUAUCCUGACAGCGCUCUACUACGACACUACCUUGAUCGCUUGGAUGGACUCAGUCUGGAAGACUGCAAGGACAGGUGCCAGGAUGACAAGACUUGCCUCACCUUUGAUUUCAGAGCCCAUGGAGGUCUGUGUCGGCUUCAUAAUGUCACCGCUCGCCAGUCUCCCUCACACUGGUAUCCUAAGACGAGUAAAGGCUGGACCCACUACCAGAGAUCCUGCAACUCCACUUUGGCCACACACCAUACCUGGUACAACUUACUGUGUAACACAAAAGUGGAUUGUCCAGACCCGAACAGCGAUUGUUUGUCACACAGAUGCCGAUGUCAUUCAGGAUUACACUUUAAUGAAACCGAGAAAAAGUGUGUUGUUACAAGGACAUGUGUAGACUGGAACGACAAAGGAGCAAAGAGUGGUGUCUACACCAUUCAGCUACCAGACAACAACAGAGCUGUCAGAGUGUGGUGUGAUAUGGACACUGCGGGCGGCGGCUGGCUGGUGUUCCAGAGACGUAGGGACUUCACAGUUGACUUCAACCGGAGCUUUACAGAAUAUGUAAACGGUUUUGGUGACAUCACUGGAGACUUCUGGCUGGGCCUGUUCACGCUUCACGCACUGGUAGAAAAGCAAUAUGUACACUUGAGAGUGGACAUCAUAGAUGGGAGUGGACGACGUCGCUACGCUGAGUAUGAUGAGUUCAGCAUGUGGGGUGCUGACGGUAACUACGAACUUUUCAGGAGGUUCUUCUUGGGUGACGCAGGAGAUGGGUUGGCACCUAAUGACUAUGGAGGGUUUUCAACCUAUGACCGAGACCCGACCGGCUGUGUCAGGAAACGUCACAGCGCCUGGUGGUACCCGCCUGACUGUGGCAGCACUUACCUCAACAGCCCUUAUGCAUACGGCAAUGCUUGGGGUGACUUCUACAACCUGCAGUUCUCGGAGAUGAAGCUGAAGCCACUCGACUCAACAGAACUGUAUACACCGCCCCCCUGACGUUCUCACAGAUGAAGACGAAGCCAGACUAACAUCAUCUUGUCUCCUGUACCCACUGCUUACACCGCCAGUCCACUGUUCACUGUUCACUACAGGUUCCACUGAUGAUGUGAGCUCAGUGUACAUUAAUCUUUCUCAAUAGUCUAGCAUCUGACCCUAGUGCAGACUACUGUACUUUAAUUGUUUACUUUGAGUAUAUUGCCUGGUGAUUCUAUUAUACACGUGUUGUAUUAUUUCUUUCAGAUUUGCAUUUGCUUGAAUAAACUAACAUGUUUACAAACGUAAAGUCUAAGUUUAAUUAAUUAAUUCAGCAUUUAAUUGUGCAAUGAACUGUCGCUAUACACCUACUAGUCUACAGUAAACGUGUCAUGAACUAUAUAUUAGCUAUACACCUAACAGUUAAUGCAGUGUUGCCAGUUGACACAGGGUAUUACUGUAGUUAACGUAGAUACUGUAGAUAACGGUAGUUGAUACAUCACAUCUCUUACUUAAUUAUACCAAAUAAUUAAAACCAUUUUAAUAUUUGUUCUACACUGAAGAGCUAGCAAGGCGCUAGCAAAAUGGCGACACACACCUGGUGACACACCUGUGUAUUCUCUGUGUACAACUUACACGACAAACUUUCUGUUACAAUAUUGCAGUAAGAGCUAGUGUGGCUGUAGUAGCUACCGUAGACUAGUGUGUGUGGCUGUAGUAGCUACCGUAGACUAGUGUGUGUGUGCUGUAGUAGCUACUGUAGACUAGUG